GCAGCCAGGUUCAACGUGGCCUGCAGAUUGCCCUGAACUCAUCUCUCAAAGCUGCUACGGAGCCCAGGAAGGUCCAAGGAUGAACGGCUUCCUCCUCCUCCUCACCGUCAGUCUCCUGGUUGUGGUUCAGAUGCGAACAGGUGUCUUGGGACAGAAUGCUACCACAGCAGCCGCUGCCCCUGCUACUACACCUGCUAAAAAAGGUCCCGGCGGUGGUGCCACUGCUGCCGCCGCCGCCGCCGCCACCACUGCCAAAAAAACCCCUGGGAAACCCUCAAAGGCUGGGGCCUCACCCAUCAUGGAUGUGGGUGCCUGCAGUUUCCUCCUCCUUGCCAACAACUUAAUGUGCCUCUUCUACCUCAGCUGAGGUAGAGGCGUGGCUUCUGAAGCCCCACGCCCCUCACGCUGCUGCCACCAUCAGUAGUGAGAGACACCCCAACCCAGUCCUUGGGAAGGGGUGACCCCAGAGAUCCAAGGAGGUUAAAGUUGACAGCCAAUGGCCAGAAUGGCGAGGUACUGAUGGGAGCGGAGGGGUGUGACACCCAGCUAGGGCACAAUAAAUUUAUACUUAUGCUUAGAUGGG